AAACUGACAUUGAAAUCAUGUGACAUCACUUGAAUUCGCACAAUUUCAAAGUCGGAUGUCAGUCCGACUUCAGGUGCGACUUGGAAGACAUCUUUGGGACUUCAUACACAGAUGUCUAUGCAAGUUGCACCUGAACUUGCAAAAAGUAGUGCGUGAAGAACUUUUUGAAAAUCAUCAGGGGCAGACUGACCAUUUGGAAACUCGGGCACUGCCUGAGGGCCCGGGGUCAGUAGGGGGCCCCAUGAGAUGCCCCUGGUACCUUUUUCAUAGGCUUUUUUGAGUUUGGGCAAGGACACGGGCCCCAUGAUCCCCUAUUGCUCGGGGGCCCCAU